AUGGCGAUCCCAACCUCCCUCUCCUACGCCUCUGUCACCAUUGGCUUCAUCUCCUUCGCCAUCACUAUCAUAACCCUGCUGGGAGUCUACUCCUCUCUACUUUCAACCAUGCGUUCCGCCCCAACGCGCAUCCCCAUCGUACUCGGCAAUCUCCGCCAAGAAAUCCUCGCUGAGAGGGCCUAUCUACGUCAACGCAUUGCUGAGGGCCGCGACCCCUUCGGAGUCAUGCCCGAGACGCUAGACAGCAGUAGUGCUGGAGGUGUGUCGCGUGGUGCGCCGGGGCAUCGAGGGGGCAGGAGGGGCGGGAUUCGGGCUGCUGAGGAGCAGGAGAGCUAUACGAAGCUGUUGAGUUUUACGGUCAGGGAUCUGUGGAUGGAGUUCCGGAGGUUGGAGAGGCCGUUCUUGGUCAACUCGGGGCUGAGGGCGAAGGCAAUCGAAAAGGGGGACUAUUGGUCCGAAGGCGAUCUCGUGAGUAUUGGCAGGCGGAGGACAAGGGACGUGGAGGGUGGCGAUGGUAGCGAGUACUCGACGCCGUCUGGCGACGACGAGAAAGGUGGUGCCAGAAGACGGCGGACUAAGCGGAAGCGCCACCACCGGAAGAAGUCUGCGAAGCAGCUCAAGGAGGAAGAAGAGAUCUUCAGAGGGGAUGAGGAGGAGUGGGAGUUGGAUGAGGGACGAGCGGAUCUGAUUCAGAAGGGUGCUCAGUUCUACAAUACCGACAUGUCGCACCGUUUCAUCUGGUGGCAGACUGAGGAUAUGGUCAAAUCGCUGGCUGAACAGGUUCAGAGAGUGCAGAUCAGGAGGAUGGAGCGGGAUCUGUUCGAGACGGAUGAGCUAGUCAGACUGCUUAUCUUGGACAGGGGUCUGCAUGGACGAGGGAGGGCAGGGAAUCGAGGUCGUGGGGGAGGUGAUGGGAGUGAUAGCGACGAUGGAGCCGCCGUGGUGAGGUCAAGAACUGGAAGUCGUGCGCCGUCGCGAGGGCGAAAUAUUCGCGAGGUCGAUCAGAUAGAACGCGUUGUACGGACGGCUGCCCGUUCACCGCGUCCACCAUCACCUGUACAAAGGCGGCAUUCAGACCGCGAACGCGAAGCCAAUGUCGCGGCGAGACGAACUGGGAGGCGACGGAGUGGUACGGUAGUUGAGUACGAAGUGCUUAGACCGAGCGAUGGUGGUUAUGUGGUGGUCGACCGCAACUAUCGCGGCGAUCUGCCUCGAGGAGCAAGGGUGAUAGACGAAGACGAUUUGAGGCGACCGAACACAGGUCGGUCCUCUCGAGGCCGAGAUGAGAGAUGA